ACCACCACCCCCUCCUCCCCUGGCGGUGUCGAGAUGAAGUUGAGUGGGUCUGAGGAGAGCAGCAGGCUGGGUCGGCUCCUGGAGGAUGCCCUGGCCCGAGAGACACGCCUGUGGAAGGCCCCAGUACUGGAGGAGGGACACAUCCAGGGUACAGACAUCUCUCUGCUGCAGCUGCAGGAAGUGAUCUUGUGGCUGCGUGAGAUGAACGCUGCGUUUCCCUUCUGCCAGGAGACGUACGCGCUGGCCGUCUGCGUGCUGAACAGGCUGCUGGCCACCGUCAAGGCCCAGAGGAAGUAUUUGAAGUGCAUGGCCCUCACCUGCCUCAUCCUCGCCGCCAAGAUCAACGAGGAAGACGAGGUGAUUGCGUCCGUGAGAGACCUUUUGGCACAGAGUGGGUGUAGCUUCUCCACAGCUGAGAUCCACCGGAUGGAGCGGAUUAUUCUGGACAAACUGCAGUGGGACCUCUACACCGCAACGCCCAUAGACUUCAUACACAUCUUCCAUGCCCUUCUCCUAUCCAGCCACCCCCUCCUCCUGCCUCUCUCUUCCUCCUCCUCCUCCGGCUCGGCUGUGGGUGGCGUGCGGCGCAGCUCCGGCCCGGGUGCGGUUCAGAAGAGGCCCUGUCUCCAGGCGGCGUUGUGGACGAGGCAGGUGCAGCACUGCAUGGCGCUCCACCAGCUGUGGCAGUGCAGGGGCUCCACACUCGCCUUGGCCAUCAUCACCUUGGAGCUGGAGACCAGCGCAGAAGACUGGCUCACCGCCGCCAUGGAACUGCUGAACAGAGCACAGAUGGACAGCUUGGAGUUCAUCAGGUGUAAGGAGAUGGUGGAUGAGUGCCUGUACAGUUUGGAUGCCCCAGUACCUCCCAACGCUGUCUACAUCCUCAACAGCACGCACCUCACCAGGUACCGCCCCCCCGGUAGUGACUCCGCCCCCUACCCUGAGCAGGGUUCCCGGUGGCGCCGUAAGGAUCGGCCGCGCCGCCGUAAGCGAGGAGGCAAAGCCACCGCCCGGCGCGGGGAGCGGGAAACUGACGAGUACUACGACGGGUUCCGCUGCCUUUACGACGGAAUCACCUCCGACAGCGACCACCAGGGGGAUUCUGGGAAUGUGGAUCAUCUGACCAAUCAGGAGGCUUCUUCUCCUUCCUGCCCGCCCCUGCAACCUCAUGUGAUUGGUUAGCCGGCUGCAUCGGUUAUGUUGUCAUGGCUACAGGGCUGGCUAAUGGGUCAAUGAUGUUUUUUUGUUGCCUCAGGUGUCAGGUGGUCCAACCACAGCUAAUGGCCAUUCAUUAAUUAGUAACUGGUAAUUCGUGCAUUGCAACAGAACAUGCUUCUUGGAUAAUU